UGCGAUUCAGUUGAUUCUAUGAAAGCAUACGACCAAAUUUGACAAUCAUCGUUCGGUCGGUCAGUUGACAACAUUGAAACUGAUAUGUUUUGCGUGCAAAAAUAUUAAUAUAAUUAUGAUUUUCGUGCUUUCCUUAUCAUUUUCUUUUUGAAUUGAGAGUUUGUUGUCUCGCGUGCUGUGGUUUUCCCUUCGCGAAUAUUUUUUGCAAAGGCUUUUGCUGGCUCUGCAUGUCCAGCAUUCAUGGCCUUUGUUGUCAAGUGACCGCGAACAACAGGACAAAACAUGAUGGAAAACCAAAAUCAUGAGUCGAGACGAUUGCUUGAUCCAGAAUAUGGAGAAGAAGCGACAGGAGUGAGGUCGGAGCAGGACGCAUAUCUUGACAAGGUGAAGAAUGCAAAGCUGUACCUCGCCUCUUUUGCAGCAGUCCUUGGUCCCCUGAGUUUUGGGUUUGUGUUAGGGUACAGCUCCCCUGCCAUUCCUGAACUAAGCACAAUCCCUGACCCAAGAUUACAACUAGACGAAGGACAGGCUUCCUGGUUUGGGUCUAUCGUGACGAUAGGAGCUGCUAUAGGGGGUCUACUCGGCGGUUGGAUGGUGGACAAGAUCGGGAGGAAGCUGAGUCUUAUGUUCUGCUCCAUACCUUAUAUCUUUGGUUUUGUCAUCAUCAUUGCUGCUCAGCAUGUCUGGAUGCUGUAUCUUGGAAGGGUACUCACAGGACUGGCAAGUGGGGUUACGUCGCUAGUGGUCCCACUGUACAUCUCAGAGAUGGCCCAUGAGCGUGUCCGUGGGACACUGGGCUCCUGUGUUCAGCUCAUGGUGGUCACGGGAAUCAUGGGAGCAUAUAUAGCAGGGCUGUUUCUGGACUGGCGCUGGCUGGCGAUCUGCUGCUCCAUCCCCCCCACCCUGAUGAUGGUGUUCAUGUGUUUCAUGCCUGAGACACCCAGGUUCCUGCUGUCUCAGGGUAAACGGAGGGAAGCCGAGGAGGCACUGCGCUUUCUGAGGGGGCCAGACGCCCCUGCAGAGUGGGAGUGUGCCCGCAUCGAGGAUGCUUCUGACGACCAGGGAGGUAGGUUGGGGAUGGCUGAUCUUAAGGACCCUGGAGUAUACAAGCCCCUUGGAGUGGGCAUCAUGUUGAUGCUCUUCCAGCAGCUCACCGGCAUCAACGCCAUCAUGUUCUAUGCUGAGACUAUCUUUGAGGAGGCCCAUUUUAAGAACAGCGAUGUUGCUACGGUGGUAGUAGCAGCAACCCAGGUAGUAUUCACUGCAGUAGCAGCAUUGGUCAUGGACCGCGUUGGAAGGAAGCUUCUCCUCAUCCUCUCUGGAGUUUCUAUGUGUCUAAGCACUGCUGCUUUUGGUGUCUACUUCAAGAUGUCCAGUGAAACCCAUGGUAACUCCUCAGAACUCUGCCUUGUAGAGAGUCCCCUUGCCCAGAACCCUGCGUCUGAGCUGUCAUGGCUCGCACUGGCCAGCAUGGGCUUCUUCAUUACAGGUUUUUCUCUUGGUUGGGGUCCCAUCCCCUGGCUGGUGAUGUCAGAGAUCUUUCCCACGCGAGUAAAGGGGUUUGCCAGCUCUGUUUGUGUCCUCACCAACUGGGGAUCUGCCUUCAUCAUCACCAAGACCUUCCAGGACCUGAUGGACCUCCUGACCAGUGCUGGAACCUUCUGGCUGUUCUCUGGGUGUUGUGCGCUCAACAUAGUCUUCACCAUCAUCUUCGUCCCAGAGACCAAAGGCAAGACUCUGGAGCAGAUCCAGGCACGUUUCAAAGGGACUCCAGAACAAUUACGCUACAGUAGACAAACUUAACGCCAACUAUAAAAAUCAACAAGGACAGAAGUACAGUUUGGAGGGUCUCAUGAUACUUUGUGAUCGAUAGUUCUCUGGAUGGUCCUUUAAGAUGGGAUAAUCUAUCGCGUUCUCUUACUUGAAAAAGUAUAAUGGUGGUGGCUGACUAUUAUGCUCUACUCUCAGACUUAGUAGGGGGUCCUGCAGUGAAUGCUGGACCUCUUAAGCCCCCUUUAAUGGUACUUUUACCCCAAAAAAUCACUGGAGUAAUGAAAUUCACACAGA